AUGGAUAAUCCUUUAAUAACUUCCAUAAAAAUUCUCAAGUGCCAACUGCUUGAACUUGAAAAACUCUGGGAAGAAAAAGAAAAACUUACAUCCAUGGCAUCCAUUUCUGCAAGUUCCAUCCUUCUUUUGAUCGCAGUACUUUCACUCUCAGUUUCUGCAACACUAGUUGAGGACCUUGCAAACUUAAAACCCCCUCCAGAUUUCAACUCCACAAUCAAGGGCAACUGUCUCCACAACCCUUCUCUUAGAUACUGCAAUUACUCCUCCGCUAUGGAACUCGUUGAGAUCUUCAAGUCCACCAUUGUUGCUAGUUAUCUUUGCAAUGAAUCCAAAAACCCAAAUUGUGUUGAAUCAUUCCCCAAAAUAGACCUCAGGAGUCGUCCAAAGAUUGUACCAUUGUACUUGUCAUACAGCUUCUUUUGGAAGUAUUGCCCUUUAACCAUCCUGUCCAUUGAUUUGUCCAACAAUUCUUUGAAGGGUAGUUUUCCUGCAGAUGUCCUGUCUUGUACUCAAAUUCAGGCUCUUGAUUUAAGUCUUAAUGCCCUUGCAGGUGAUGUUCCUGUAGAGAGUUUCACUCCUCUUUCCAACCUUACAUUUCUCAAUCUGUCAUUUAACUAUUUUUCAGAGUGUAAAAUCUCAGAUUCUCAGUUCUUCAAACGGUUUAAUGCUUCUAGUUUUCUUCAUUCUGGUCUACUCCCAAGUCACAGAAACUAUAAGAUCAAGGCUAUAUUUCUUUUACUUGGAUUUCCCAUCUUUGUGAUUCUAAUCAUAGUUUGCUUUGGGUGGCUAUGUUUUCGAAGGCCAGAUUACUUACCAAGAUUGCUACAGAGAAAGCACAAAUUCACACCAGCAAUACUAAAAGCAGCAACCGGUCAGUUUUCGAGAAAGAAUUUGGUGGCGAAGAGUGAAGGAGUGAGUAUGUAUAAAGGAUCACUGCGAGAUGGAACUGAGGUCAGGAUCGAAAUCUACUGGGACAACAUUUCCAGGGAAGACCAUCGGAGAUUCAUUAAGGAAUGUAAGGUUCUCGUUCAACUAUGUCACAAGAAUUUAGUUCAAGUGUUUGGAUGGUGUAAUGACAGAAAACUGAGGGCAAUUGUUACAGAAUGGACAGAGGGAGAGAAUAUUGAAAUGUGGCUAUCUGCAGGGUCAGUUCCUUCAUGGAAGCAAAGGUUAAAAGUACUAUUGGGAGUUGUGGAGGGCAUGUGUUAUCUGCAGGAACAAUGGCCUGAAGUGGGGUAUGAUCUCAGAACUAGAAGCGUGAUGCUAUCUGACAAUCUGGAGCCACUCAUCUCAAGAUUCAAGGUUGGAGUUCAACACAGUAACACCAAAAACAUUUACAAAUUUGGAGUAUUUCUACUUGAGAUAAUAACAAACAGGAGACCACAAGAGGAAUUCGAAAGGGGUGAAGCUGGUUUUAUAGAGUACAUCAGAAUGAGUUAUCCUGGAAAUCUGUGCAAUGUGUUUGAUUCAAGAAUGCAAUUAUCAGAAAAUAUGUUUGAUCAGGCUAGACAUGGAAUAGCCCUGGGGUUGAUGUGCACUGAUCAAUCAACCAGUAAAUACCCUAGCUUGAAUCAGAUAUUAAACAUGAUAAUCAGAGUGUACGAGUCUUGCCUGGUUACAGCAUCGCAGAGUCAUAGAAGAACUCACCGAGAUGGAGACAAAAGACACAAGCGUGCUCUAUCUAGAUGAGAGCACCAGAAAUUUCAACUCUUGCAGAUGCUGCAAG